UGGCCAAGAGAAGAUUUUCAAAUUUGAAUUUUCAAAGACAUCUUGCUUUCCCUAUCCAUUUUGUCCCGCUGAAAUUCCUACUUUGGUGGAAAAGUAUUCGCUACUUGUGUCACAAACGCCACCAUAUGGAAAAUUAUAAAAAGACCGAAGUGUUAGGAGAAGGUACUUAUGGAAAGGUGUACAAAGCUCAAGAUAUUAGAACCAACGAAAUUGUUGCACUGAAAAAAACCCUUCUGGUUAACGAAGACGAAGGGGUCCCCGCCACCACUUUGAGAGAAGUAUCCAUCUUAAGAGCACUUUCAGAGUGUCCAUACAUUGUAAAGCUUUCUGACGUGCUACAUACAGCUUCCAGAAAUGGCAAGCCCGUAUUAUACUUGGUUUUCGAAUACUUGGAACACGAUCUCAAGCACUAUAUGAUUUCUAAGAAGGGUAGAGGUACAGGACUUGAUAAGAAACAAGCUAUGCACUUUGCCUACCAGAUACUAUUAGGAAUUGAACAUUGUCACUCACAUGGUGUGAUGCAUCGUGACUUAAAACCUCAGAAUCUGUUGGUCUCCAAAGAUGAGAUCAUUAAACUGGCAGAUUUCGGACUUGGACGUUCCUUUAGUAUUCCCAUUGGAAAAUACACUCAUGAGGUGGUAACUCUUUGGUAUCGUGCACCAGAAAUUCUUUUAGGCUCCAAAUGCUAUUCUACUCCUAUCGACAUUUGGAGUAUUGGUUGCAUUGUAGCUGAGAUGGUAACUGGGAGACCAUUGUUUUGUGGCGAAAGUGAAAUUGAGCAAUUAUUGGCCAUUUUCAGGAUAAUGGGAACUCCAUCGAAUGAGACUUGGCCCAACGUAGAAACGCUCAGAGAUUGGCAUGACUUUCCUCAGUGGAAACCAACAGAGAUUUAUAAAAUUAUUCCUCAACUAGGAAAGGAUGGCUGUGAUCUAUUAACUCAAAUGCUUCAUCUAGACCCUGCGAAAAGGAUUACCGCAUCCGAUGCUCUGCAGCAUCCAUUUUUUGAUGAAAUACGUAGUGAAUAUGUCAAUAGCUUUACCAACAAAGAAAACUUUCCACUACCUGUUGUGAAUAAAAAUUGAGGAAAUCAAUGAACGAUGAAUUGUAUCG